UUAGUCCUUAAAUAUGCAUCAAACGAGUCACAUAGAUACUUAAAACUGACCGUAAACAGUAAUCCCUUGUUCAUAUUUAGGUGCAAAUCAUUAUAUUAUGAUCUAAGAGUAAACACAAAGGCAAUUCACAGUGAAAUAGUGUAAAAAGUAUUACUUCAAUAUAGUUGAUACAGAAAAAUAUAGUUCAGAAAUAAUAACAUUCUUCAGACUUGUGACAAUUGAUAAAAACCUUGGUGACCAUUACAAAAAUUAUAUUGGAAAAUUUAGUAGAUAAAAAGUUACAAACAAAAGAAAAUGUGAAUUAAAGUGAACAGUGGCAUCUCAAAAAAUCAUCGCUUUUGUGAUUACAAAAACAGGCAAUACCUGAAAAGUAUUUCCAUGUUGAACAUAAAUCAAAGUCGAAUAUAUAAAAGUCAUCGCAACAAUCUCAUACAUUUUCAUACUUAACGCAUUUUUCCGAUAACGACCAAACUACAGCCUGAAUGCGGAGAAUAAACCAAAGAUGUGUUCCCGAAACUUGGCAAUAUCAAUGGGGCUAAUUCUAGCAUUGGUUCCAUUGAUCAAUUCAUUACCACAACAUACUUUAGCAAAACGGAGUACAUUUUUUGAAAUCGAAUGUAAGGGAGUCUUCAACAAAUCUAUAUUUUAUCGAUUAGAUAGAAUAUGUGAGGAUUGUUAUUCAUUGUUUAGAGAGCCAGAAUUGCAUACACUUUGCAAGUAAGUUAUAGCUAUUGCCUAAUUGCAAUACAUACAAAUUUAAAGUCGGCACAGCUUGUUUUUUAGAAGAUGAUUAUUAAAGUUACUAAUUUAUUGUUCCGUUUGAAUUGAACAUAUCUCAUCAAACCGCUACCUAGGGGAGAAUCAUUGAAGAAAAGAAGGAAAAUUGUUAACAAUUAAUCAACAAAUAUUGAAAAUAAUUCAUAUUUAGUGACAUUCAACAGAAUAUGUGUUAUACAUAGAUGAGCCAAUAAUGUAAAAAUGUUAUUUAUUUAUUAAAUUUUUUUUAUACAUCACUGCAUUUUUGCAUCGUUAAUUUUGCAUUGUAUUUAAAAAAAAAAUAUUUUCAUUCGAAUAUAUGGCGCAUGAACUACAAGCCAAAAACCAUGAUCAAAGUCAGCCAAUAAUCAAAUCAUGGGUCCCGAUGAGAACUUAUAAAUUCCAUAAAGUUUAAAGAGAUUUCAAUAUUUUGUAUGGGAGGUACCUUUAAUUUUGGUUGAAAUUCCUCCAAACCCUCCGAAUAUUAUUUUUUUGUGAAAAAAA